UGAAGUUGCUCUGGAGCAUAGCACUGCUGGGCAUGGCCCUCUGCUUGGUCAGCCAGGCCUUCAACCUGCCCGGGGUCCCUGCCGUCUUCACCAGCGAGGAUCGUCUCAUCUCUGCCGUCUCAGCUACUGUGGCCGAGGAGAUAAGCCGCGAGUUUGUCAAGUACAUGCGAACUGGGGUCGAGUCCGAGAGGCUCAAGGAGCUGGGCAGGGAGAUGAGGGCGAGCCACAGCAGGAAGGCCAUCUUCACAGAGUCCCUGGUGGAGCUAACCUCGGCAGACCAGUACUUCGUGUGCACCAUCUGCCGCUCCACGAUCAACGUCUUUGUGCGCACCUUCACCGAAGGGGAGUUGAGCGGACCCAACCGCGAGGCCGAAUCCAAGAAGUUGUUGCUGGGCCUCUGCGACUACUUCAGCAUCACGACUACGGAGGUCUGCUCCGGCUUGUUCGACCUCAACUGGCCAAUCCUGGACUUCAUCUUCAACGAGACUGCCGCCAAUUCGCAGUCCUUCUGCGGCAUGCUACCCAUCCCCAUCUGCCAGGUGCAGCAGGAGCAGUUCAACCUGACUCUGACCAUCGAGGGCGAUCUGCCCACCGAGUCCAACUCGGAUCUUCCCGCCCGCAGCCCCCAGGACCAUCUGGUCCUGCACCUCACCGACAUCCACUACGAUCCCGAGUAUAACGCUGGCGGCAACGCCGAUUGCGCGGAGCCCAUGUGCUGCCGCAGUGACCUGCCCCAAUCGAGUUCUAGUUCCUCUGCGGCUGGCUAUUGGAGCGACUACCGCGACUGCGACACCCCCAAGCACCUGAUCCUGAGCGCCUUCGACCACAUCAAGGAGCACCACAAGAUCGAGUGGAUCUACCACACUGGCGACGUGCCGCCGCACAAUGUCUGGUCCACCAGCCGUCAGGGAAACAUCGACAUGCUCACCGAGAUCGAUGGUCUCCUCACUGAGUACUUCCCGGAGACGCCAGUAUACUCCUGCCUGGGCAACCACGAGCCCCACCCAGCCAAUGUAUUUGGCAACGAUGAGAUCCCCGCUUCCCUGCGCGUCGACUGGCUGUACGAGCAUGUGUGGAAGCUGUGGUCCAAGUGGCUUCCCGCUGAGGCGGAGGAGACUGUGCGUCGGGGAGGAUACUACACGACCUCUCCCAGUGAGGGGCACCGCAUCAUUGCGCUGAACAGCAUGGACUGCUACCUGUACAACUGGUGGAUUUUCUAUAACGGAUCCUUCAUCCAGGAGCAGCUGCAGUGGUUCCACGACACGCUCCUGGACGCGGAACAGGCGGGCGAAAAGGUGCACGUCCUCUCGCACAUUCCCUCCGGAGACGGCGACUGCUGGUCCGCAUGGGCCAAUGAGUACAAUCGGGUGCUAAACCGCUUCAGCGGCAUUAUUACGGGAAUCUUCAGCGGCCACACACACAAGGACGAAAUGAAUCUGCACUACACGGAGGAGGGCCUGGCGGUGGCCAUAAACUGGAACGGCGGCAGCCUCACCACCUACUCAAACAAGAAUCCCAACUACCGCCUGUACGUACUCAGUCCGCCGACCAAGCAGGUGGUGGACCACCUCACCUACACCUUAAACUUGACUGCCGCCAAUCUGCAGCCGGACCAGCAACCCGAGUGGUACCUGGAGUACGAGUUCAGCAAGGAGUUCACCGAGGACACCAGUCCAGCGGGCAUUGACAAACUCCUGGUGGCGAUGGCUGAGAAGCCCGCGCUGCUCCGCAAGUUCUGGCGCUACAAGGUGACCAGUGCCGAUCCCAAGCUCAGCGAAGGCUGCGACAAUACCUGUCUGUCGAAGACACUCUGCAGGAUUGCCACCAGUAACUACCAGGAGCGGACGCGCUGUCGCGAACUGCAGGCCAUUCUUGAGAAGAGCUUGGAGAAUGAGGAGGACAAUGACGAUGGUGGUGCCCCUGGACUCAAGGCCCUCAGUCUGACCUCCCUCUUGGGACUGCUGGUUGCAUUCAUAGUCCUUUCAUAACACGUCCGUCUUAUCGAUGCCCCCAAGUAUAUGUAUUUAUAAGCCGUAUCAUCGGCGGGUGGGCAAUUGUCGCCGAUCGAUUAGCGCGACAAUAAAUCCUAUCGUAAAAGUUCAGAGGAACCCCACAGAUACUUUAGAUGUGAGUAGGUUAGAGGGGUGGGGUGGCGGG